UCUAGGGUUCAUCCAACAACGACGGCUGUAUUUUGAGAAUCGUUACGCCAGUGCUCCAGCACCUUCUUCUUCCCGGUCUCGCGGCCAUUGUUUACAAAAAUGAUAAUUUCGAAGAAGAAUCGCCAUGAGAUCUGCAAGUACCUCUUCCAAGAGGGGGUGCUAUAUGCGAAAAAGGACUACAAUCUAGCGAAGCACCCAGAUAUUGACGUGCCGAAUCUACAGGUGAUCAAGCUGAUGCAGAGCUUUAAGUCGAGGGAAUAUGUUAGGGAAACCUUCGCGUGGAUGCACUAUUACUGGUACCUCACCAACGACGGCAUCGAGUAUCUCAGAACCUUUCUCAAUCUCCCAUCCGAGAUUGUGCCAGCCACCCUGAAAAAGUCGGCUAAGCCUCCUUCUCGGCCUUUUGGUUCCGGGCCUCCGGGUGAUCGCCCAAGAGGGCCGCCGCGUUUUGAGGGAGAUAGGCCGAGGUUCGGCGAUAGGGAUGGGUAUCGUGGGGGGCCACGCGGUGGAGAUUUUGGUGGGGAUAAGGGCGGUGCUCCUCCAGAGUUCCAGCCAUCGUUUAUGGGUGGUGCCGGUGGAAGGCCUGCUUUUGGUCGUGGCGGCGGCGGCGGUGGCUACGGAGCACCUGCUUCAUCUUCUCUGGAGUAGGCAAGCUUGUUUUUUGUAUGCAUUAUUAUAUCUUUCCGAAUAUUUCAGACAUGUUUUGUUGAAUGAAUCAUCUCAAUUUUCAUGACAGUUGAGAAGUUAUUGUUAUUUUGUUCAGGUGAUUUAUG